AGAACUACGGUAUAAAAUAUGAUUUCGGCUGGCGCGACUCAGUGUUUUUUGAUUUUUCGGACAAAUACCGAGGGUACCGGCACAUUCAAAAAUGCGCGCGAUGGUAUGAAGGAUCGCGAGUUAUCUUUUGAACGAUGAAUAACGUUUCGACCGUCUCGUAUGACGUCUUCGGCGAUGAAAACCUCAACUCCUUCUACUUUUAUGAGACCGAGCAGUUGACCGUAUUAUGGAUUCUGUUUGUUGUAACCGUGACAGGAAAUGGUGGCGUUUUGUUAGCAGUUCUACAUUCCAACAGGAAAAGCAGAAUGAACUACUUCAUCAAACACCUUGCUUUCGCAGGUAAAGUUUUCUUAUUAAUGAAACUGACGAGGUUGCGAAUAAAACUUUUUAAAGUACACUUCCUCCUAUACUGUUUUUAUACCUAUUCAUUUUCAUCUCAAAAUGUAUUUCCCUCUUCCUCUUAUUUGUAG